AUGUGCAGCCUAGUACCCGAGUUCGACGAUCCGAGGAGAGCGGAAAUCAUCUCACAGAUCGGCUCAGGCCUAUGCAUCGCCAAGGUUAAUCCAAGCGUACGGGCCCUGCUCUGGCUGGCUGAUGUUGAAGCUCUCCGAGCUUUGUCGGAGGAGUGCAACAAGUCCCCUGGAAUGUUCCGGCUCUUAUUUGUCCAGGGCGCCGACACAUUCAAGGACGCGCUGGAAUUCUGGAGGGACAGUGUAUCCGAGACAUGGGAUGAUGGAGGUGAUGGCUUGCGGGAUCCGUGCGAGGAGCGAGACGGAUCCUGUGUGGUCACCCGGGAAGAUGGUGGAAUCCGCUGUUCGGGCAACGCUUUCCCGUGUCGGCUGGAGGCACCUGGGCAGGCAGAGGAAUCGGGCAUGCUGUGGGACAUUAUAGGGAUAUUCUGGUCGGGGCCUAGGGUGGCAUUUUGGAGACAAGCGGCGAUUAGUUGCGGGUGCACAGAUGGACUCGAGAACGGGAUUCUCAUGUGUCUGGAUGUGGGUACGGCUUGGGCCAAUCUAGGCUUUGCUCUAAAGCCGCUCGAGCUGAGCCAGGAUUGCAGAUCAUUGACCGUCCAGAUCUACCGGCUCCCUGGUCAGACGUAUUCCGCGGAGGUUCCGUUGGUCUCGCCCCCGGAUAUCGACCGAGCCAGCAAUAACUGGCUGGAAUUCAAGGGUCGAUGGUCCAACACGAUGGUGAGGUCUGGUGAUAUCGUUUGCUUGCGUACUAAGGACCCGAAGAAGCUUCCACUGCCUUCCUUUCGGCUACUGGAGAUGCAGUGGUACUUGCAUCGUGCAGCUGCACUCAGUGGACUUGCCAGCCCUCCCAGGCCCUAGUUUC